AUGAGCAAGCAAUCAUUUAUCCCGGGCGAUGCCGAUUCGGGAAGGCUCUACUCCGUACACAUCGCCUCCGGAGAGUUCCAUGGACAGUACUCCCUACCUACUCAGUACUCCGGACUAGACACUCCGCUCGGUCUCACGUUCGGCAUGUUGAUACUCCAGCUAGUCCGUAAGGAGCGAACCCCAACCAUGCCAUCCACGCAGAUCGUCUUCUUUGACCUGACAUCCAAGGACCCUCGCGGAACCUGGACACCCAACCCUUGGAAGACUCGCCUUGUCCUGAAUUUCAAAGGCCUGGAUUAUCGGACUGAAUGGGUGGAGUAUCCUGAUAUCAAACCGACCCUCGAGGGCUACGUCUCCCCGGAUGCUGAUGGCACCUAUACCAUUCCAACCAUUGCACUCCCAGAUGGUAAGUACAUCAUGGACUCGCGGAAGAUCGCAGAGCAUCUGGAGGAUUUCCAUCCCCAGCCCAGCCUACGUCUCGACUCGCCCUAUCUUUGGAAGGCCGAGGACCUCUGGAAACGUUUCAUCACCACUAUUCGUCCCGUCUUCAUCGCCCAGAUCCCGAAGCGUUUGCUCAACGAUGCCAGUAUCGACUACUGGUGCACCACCCGGGAGAAGAUAUUCAAUAUGCCUGUUGACCAAGCAGAGAAAGAGCUUGGAGGGGAACAGGGAUGGAAUGAGGCCACCGCGGUGAUCCAGGAAGCCACGACUCUAUUGAGCGAAAUCGAAGGCCCCUUCUUCGAAGGAGAGGUUGCUGGCUAUGCAGACUUUGUAUGGGCGAGUGUCCUGCUCUUCUGCGUGCGAAUGGGACCGGACUUUCUCGACGAGGCGCUCAAGAGGAGCGGCAAUCCUCAGGUGCACCUCGACCUUCUCGAGGCGGUGAAGCCGUGGUUGAAUAUUACGGAGUAG